CUCGGAAAUGACGUCAGAGUGUCAACAUGCAAGAUGGCGGCGCAUCACCGGCAGAACACGGCGGGGCGGCGGAAAGUGCAGGUCUCCUAUGUGAUUAGAGAUGAGGUGGAGAAGUAUAACCGAAAUGGGGUAAAUGCACUUCAGCUGGAUCCAGCAUUAAAUAGACUUUUCACAGCAGGCCGAGACUCUAUUAUAAGGAUAUGGAGUGUCAACCAGCACAAGCAAGACCCUUAUAUAGCAUCUAUGGAACAUCACACAGAUUGGGUAAAUGAUAUUGUACUGUGCUGCAAUGGUAAAACAUUGAUAUCUGCUUCUUCAGAUACUACUGUUAAAGUGUGGAAUGCACAUAAGGGAUUUUGCAUGUCAACACUAAGGACGCAUAAGGAUUAUGUGAAAGCCUUAGCAUAUGCAAAAGAUAAAGAACUGGUAGCAUCUGCUGGUCUGGACAGACAGAUAUUCCUCUGGGAUGUAAAUACUCUAACAGCACUGACUGCCUCAAAUAACACUGUCACAACUUCUUCCCUGAGUGGGAACAAAGACUCUAUCUACAGCCUUGCAAUGAAUCAGAUGGGAACAGUUAUUGUAUCAGGGUCCACUGAAAAGGUUCUAAGGGUGUGGGAUCCAAGAACUUGUGCUAAACUAAUGAAACUCAAAGGGCACACGGACAAUGUGAAAGCUUUGUUGUUGAACAGAGAUGGCACCCAGUGUCUUUCAGGCAGUUCCGAUGGGACUAUCCGUCUGUGGUCCCUUGGGCAGCAGAGAUGUAUAGCCACAUACCGAGUCCAUGAUGAAGGUGUUUGGGCCCUGCAGGUCAAUGAAGCCUUCACUCAUGUUUAUUCAGGAGGAAGAGACAGGAAGAUUUAUUGUACAGAUUUACGAAAUCCUGAUAUUCGUGUGCUUAUCUGUGAAGAAAAGGCACCAGUUCUUAAGAUGGAACUUGAUAGAUCAGCUGAUCCUCCUCCAGCACUUUGGGUUGCAACAACUAAAUCUUCUGUGAAUAAAUGGACUUUGAAGGGAAUUCACAAUUUUAGGGCAUCUGGAGACUAUGAUAAUGAUUGUACCAAUCCUAUACCACCACUAUGCACACAGCCUGAUCAAGUUAUAAAAGGGGGUGCUAGUAUUAUUCAAUGCCACAUUCUUAAUGACAAGAGACACAUAUUAACCAAAGACACAAAUAAUAACGUGGCAUACUGGGAUGUGUUGAAGGCAUGUAAAGUUGAAGACCUUGGGAAAGUAGAUUUUGAAGAAGAAAUUAAGAAGAGAUUUAAAAUGGUGUAUGUGCCAAACUGGUUCUCAGUAGACUUGAAAACAGGGAUGCUGACAAUUACUUUGGAUGAAAGUGACUGCUUUGCGGCCUGGGUUUCAGCAAAGGAUGCUGGAUUUAGCAGUCCAGAUGGUUCUGAUCCAAAAUUAAACCUUGGAGGGCUUCUACUACAAGCACUUCUGGAGUAUUGGCCUAGAACACACAUCAACCCAAUGGAUGAAGAAGAAAAUGAAAUAAAUCAUGCAGUGAAUGGUGAGCAGGAGAACAGAGUCCAGAAAGGAAAUGGAUAUUUUCAAGUGCCACCACAUACACCAGUUAUUUUUGGUGAGGCUGGAGGACGCACUUUGUUCAGGUUAUUAUGUCGGGAUUCAGGUGGUGAAACUGAAUCUAUGCUUCUUAAUGAAACCGUGCCACAAUGGGUAAUUGACAUCACUGUGGAUAAAAAUAUGCCCAAAUUCAAUAAGAUUCCCUUCUACCUCCAACCUCAUUCAUCUUCAGGGGCAAAAACUCUAAAAAAAGACCGACUGUCGGCAAGUGAUAUGCUUCAGGUGAGAAAAGUGAUGGAACACGUCUAUGAGAAAAUCAUAAACUUGGAUAAUGAGUCUCAGACAACCAGCUCUUCCAAUAAUGAAAAAGCAGGAGAACAAGAAAAAGAGGAGGACAUUGCUGUGCUAGCAGAGGAGAAAAUUGAACUUCUGUGCCAGGACCAGGUUUUGGAUCCGAAUAUGGACCUUCGAACUGUAAAGCACUUCAUUUGGAAGAGUGGCGGUGACCUGACGCUUCAUUAUCGCCAGAAAUCAACGUGAGGGGAGUGGUGGACGCAAAUGGUUGCUCAUUUACUUGACCAUACUGUGCUGGUUCCAAGAGUAGUACUAUAGAAGCCCACUGAACCCCUAAGGUAGAUGAGACUUCUAAUGACUCAGUAUGGACGGAAAGUAUACAUUUAAUUGAAGUGACUAAUAGAUCUGUAAUAUAGAGGAAAAAAGUCUAUAUGAUUUAAACUAAAGUCUGUCCUAGUCUCAGCCAAUGAGAUGGGAAGUCCCUGAGUGGUUCGUAUUGUGUGAGGUGUACAGAGAAUGGAUGAUAAUCCAGUGCAGACUUUUGCUUCCUCCUUUUUGCUUUUUUUUUUUUUUCCAGAACAUUAUAUUCUCAUCGGCUCAUGCUUGAUAUGAAACCAUUUUGGCCAUAUUAGUAGCUGUGUUCGCAAUAUAACUCAGAACUGCACACCAGGUAUUUUAAUACGUUCCGUUCAUAAAGUACCUACAGUGAUCUCUCACAGGUUACUAAAACAUUUCUAUCACUUAAAGACAUUUGGAAAAGAAAAGGAACAGACAAUAGGUAUUGCAUACUUGAAAGAAUCGGGCCAUUUAAUUGAAAUUGAAGGGAUUACAUUAGACUUGUGUUAAUACUGUGAUUCAAGCGUUGCUUUAGAGAGCUAUUGACAUGCAGAAUAAGAACACUAGAUAAAUAUUGUAGCAGGGUCAGUCCAAUGAUGCUGUGCAUCAUAAUAGUGAACAUGCUUUGCAGCAACCUAAAGAGAUUUUUUUUUAAAUAUAUAUAUAACUAGUUCCUGCAAUGUGUUUUAAGGACACAGUAGUCUAAUUUUUGGUAACUUUGCUCCAAAACUAUGUGACAUUUUGUUAAAACUUCAGACCAUUCUGAAAAUAACUUCAUGUGUUUGAUGUCAAACUUCAGAAAAUUCACAGCAGAUUUCAUACUCAUGAUAUAAAAAUACUUACUCUUUUUUUCAAAAGUUUUAUAUGCAGUUCUUUUGUUGUAGAUGUAUGCAAAUCUUUUUUUUCACUGCUAUUUCUGAAAAUCUGUGGCUGUUGUAGACUCAUAGUAGUCUUUUGUAGAGUUUAACUUAUUGGGGGGAGGGAGGGAAAGGCAUUUCAGCUUUUGGUGGGAAAAUGUGGGACUGUCCCAGAAAACCAUUUGUAGCCAGAAGAAAUUACAAAUCCUCAUAAAGAAAUUAUAUAAAAAUGACUUUCUGAAGCAGAAGCACAAGUGCCUUCCAAGGGCAGUAUAAUAUUUGAGUUUCUUCAGGAGACAUAUGCUCUUGCCCCUCCUGUGUCUUGCUAUCAAGAUUUAGGUUGAGGCCUAAAGAAGGUCCCAAUAGAUUAUAUUACUGGGAUUAUAUUGGUUAAACAAAAAAUGAAAUAUUUUUCACUGUAUUUUAUUUGAAAAAUAAUCAAAUCAUUACCUUCUGCACUCUUAACCUUAGCUAAACAAGCUCAUUGUUUAAACAAAAGAUGUGGUUCAGAACUAAGCUAGCCUUUUAUCCAUCUUUUGAAAGAGUCAGUUUCAGUUUUUAAGGCCUAGUUCUGUGUAUGCUCAGUCCAACGCAGUUGUGCUAUCUGCACAUUUUUAGUGGUGUUUGUGAAUUAAAUGGUUAAACAGAACUGUAACUUUUAUUGAUGAAUUGUCCUGACUUGUAUUUAUUAAUAGCGAAGGUCUGUGCUUCCUUUCAAGACUUUUUUUCUUGUUGUCUUGCUGUCCUGUUGUAUACAUUGUAAUUGCUCCCAAUAAUUCUGUUUGAAAUCAGCCAAGGUUGUAACUUUUUUUUCCCCCCUAACCAUCCCAAAACUGCAGUUUCAGUAAAGAUUGACAGAGGAGUCUGCAAUGCCAGGAGGAUAAAUGAUGUUUCACAGUUGUACAGAAUAAAAGGCUUUAGUUAAAAUAGUCUAAAGUUGUUUUGUAUGUUGGAUCACUUACGGAAAUUUAGAGCUUGUACCAUUGCUACUUAGCCCUUGUACUACAGAGGACCUUAAAGUACUUUCAGGUUUCAAGUAAAGGAAUGGCUGAAGUAAUUGCAGUGCCUUAAUGAAAUCCCUUGAAGAUGAUCUUGUGAUGUGGGUGGAUGUAAGAAUUUAGCAGGCAUGCUAGCCUUCAGAUAAAGGCUUUGAGAUCCUGUUGAGGUAGAGAAUGUGCAAGUAAUGCAGUUUGCAUGGGCAGUGCUUCCUUUUGUACUACUAAAAUAGGGUGUGCCAAACGCCGGUGUACCAAACAGAAAAGACUGCCCUGCUACAAGGAGCUCUUGACACUGAGUUUUCUGGAUGUAGGAAGAUUAGUGCUGUAAGAGACUAUUGGAAAUCAUGAUUGGGUUUCCUGAUGUUGCAAAUGACAGUACAGAAUACUCAAAGCAUUUGCUCUGCGCACUUUCACCUGGGCUGCUCUCAGAGGAAGCAGUAAUUCAGUGACCAAAUGUGUUCCCAGAGACUGCCAGCACCCAUUUUGGAUGGAGUGUCAACUAAGAGGAAUUUUUUUGCUACUCCCUUGUAAUUUUCAUCUCGUUUUCUGGAAUUCUGCUCUCUGUACGAGUUCUGAAGGGAAGAAGAGGAGAGGCUCUGCAUAGCAGUUCAGGAGUAAUCUCGAGAGUUGCAGUCUGUUGGUGCAUUAUGAACAGAGAGAUUCAGAUUGUCAGAAUCAUAGAAAAGGCCAUUGAUUUAUAGAAGUUUCUUUAAUUUCUAAGCUCAUACUGGAAAGGAGUUAUAGAUUAUUUAGUAACAUAAUCUGUCCUGAGGAAGAACUUUGGAAUUUACUGUGGCAGGUGAUUUUUUUCUUCAGCUGGGGUAGUACUGAAAACAGGAGCAUGAUCCAAUAGUUGCAGCUGAAGCGUGAGUAUCAUUUUAGGAAGAGGGAUGAAAGUUACCACUGAAUCCUUCAAUCCAUUUGUGGAUUGAAGGAUUUAGUGGUAAUUUUGAGCACUACUUUUGUAGCGUUUCUAAAAUUAAGACCAGAAAUCAUAAUGUAGUUCUACCUCAUGGCCAGAAAUAGUGGAAAAAAGUGACUUGGGAUUUGUUGAUUCAAUUCUUUAUAUUCUGUGGGAGAGGGGUGACACAGGGUACUUGCCCUUACAGCAGAAUUAGUGCAAAUGAGUGCUUCCUUAAGGCGAAAGCAAACAGUAAGAAUGUAUAGACAUCUAUUUAAUGCCCAGGAAAUAACAGAUUAGCAUAGUCAAUUAAGUGCAAUGAGUGACUUGUACCUGCUCUCACGUAAGAACAGCCAAAGGCAAUGGAGGUGAAAAAUAUUUGCCCAGGAAUGAGGAGAGAAGUGGAAUGGUAAGGGCUCUGAAGGAAUUCUGAAUUAAAGGCUCCCUGUGAGGCUUCCCUCAGCUUCUUCCCAGUUCUGCUGAAGUCACUGAGCAGUGCUCCAGGAGCACAGCGGGUGCCAAACAGCUGGUCACCCUCUUAAUCAGUUAGUACUGUAAUCCUUGGUGCUAUACCGGGUUAAAUUCUGAACCCCUCAGCACUGCAAGUGCCUAGUUCAAAUCAUCGGUGUGCACUGGAGUGUUGUGAUCUCCACUCAGUUGCAGCCUAUUGUGCUGCAGCAUUGCUCAGUUACAGCUUAGAGGAAUUCAGUCAGGUGUGGCAUCUUGGAUGAGAUGCUUCUAAACAUACCCUAGCAGGAGAGUCAUGCAGACUGAGUAGAUAGACAAACUUCCUGUGAAAGUUGAAGGGGGGAACUAAGUCAUCUCUGUCAGAGUUUUGGUAUUUCCACAAUCCUUUUCAGUAGUUGUUCACCUUCAGAUCACUAAAUACCUUAAUUCUCACAUUUAGCUGGAAUUAAUUUUGCAUCCAUUUUGUUGUUAAUAAAAUUUGCAGGUUUAUCUCUAGGAUGCUUAUUUUCAGAUCAUGAGUUUUGGGUGUGAGGAUCAUUCUAGUACAGGGUUAUGCUGCCUGAAGUUCCUUUGUGUCAAUUUACUUCAGAAGGGAGGGGUUUGGUCCUGCUCUUUGAAGUCAGCCACAGUUGAGUAAGGCUUGAUGUAAUCACUUACACCUUUGAGUAGUUGUAUCUGGGUGGAAGGAGGGCCCAGGGCUUCUUGGAGCACCCAUCAGCAGCUUGACCACAUUCAGGUGCUCUAGCUCACUCGGGUUGCUCAGUGAAGAUAGAAGCAAGAGCUUUACCUCAUCCCUGCUCUAACACUUGAGCUCCUGGUGGCCUCUUUGGAUUUAACAUCUGCCAGACUCACGGCUUCAGGCUUGACUAUUUAGGGAGCAAAUCAGGUCUGGAAGCUUAUCCUGUUGUCUGGCCAUGCUGAGCCACUGGGCAAUACCAAGCCACAGCUGUGCUGCAGCCAAGCUCUAAAAUUCAUAGAAGGUACAUUAAGCUAAUAACCUCUCUUUGUUUUGCCCUCCACAUGGCACUGCUGAGCUAAUCCUUCCUGUCUCUGCAAAAGAACUACUACUGUCAGGUUUAUCAGAUGCCCCCAACUAUGCAGCUGUCAUACGUACUGGAAGCAGUAGUUUGGGACAGCACCUGAUUGAUUGUAAGUUUUCUUUUUAUAAAUAACAUAGAAGUGAACCACUCAAGCCCUGUUAACACUUUGUCUUCCAUUCUCCUUGUUCCAAACCUGGAUUAAAUAUUUACUUUUUUUUUGCAACUGGCCUCUCUUCACAGGCUUUGUGAGGUACCUUUCUUAUAGCAGUAGUACCUGGUAUUGGACUUCCCCUGAUACUCCCUUCCUUAAGGCAGGAGCAGUGAGGUACCUGCAAAUGCUCCAGCUCACUCUGUGGCAUGUUAUCUGUGUCAGGUGGGGUGGCUGUGCUUGCAGCAGGCCUGUGGCUCUGGGACAAGUGGAUCCUGUCCCUUGUAGGAUGAGAUUUGGCACCAGCCCCUUGCAGGAGUUUCCAGAGUUUGUUGUUUUUUUAAGCUAAUAUUCUGAAAUUAAAAAAUCUGAGAGCUUUUUUAUUUCUGCACCCACAAGUAAAAGAAUACU